GUAAUAUGCAUGUGUCACUAGCUGAGGCCCUGGAGGUUCGGGGUGGACCUCUGCAGGAAGAAGAAAUAUGGGCUAUAUUAAAUCAAAGUGCUGAAAGUCUCCAAGAAUUAUUCAGAAAAGUAAGCAUAGCUGAUCCUGCUGCCCUUGGUUUCAUCAUUUCUCCAUGGUCUCUGCUGUUGCUGCCAUCUGGUAGUGUGUCAUUUACAGAUGAAAAUAUUUCCAAUCAGGAUCUUCGUGCAUUCACCGCACCAGAGGUUCUUCAAAAUCAGUCACUAACUUCUCUUUCAGAUAUUGAAAAGAUCCAUAUUUAUUCUCUUGGAAUGACAUUGUAUUGGGGGGCUGAUCACGAAGUGCCCCAGAGCCAACCUAUCAAGCUUGGAGAUCAUCUCAACAGCAUCCUGCUUGGAAUGUGUGAAGAUGUUAUUUACGCUCGAGUUUCUGUUCGGACUGUUCUGGAUGCUUGCAGUGCCCAUAUUAGGAAUAGCAAUUGUGCACCUUCAUUUUCCUAUGUGAAGCAGUUGGUAAAACUGGUUCUGGGAAAUCUUUCUGGGACGGAUCAACUUUCCCGUAACAGUGAACAAAAGCCUGAUCGAAGCCAAGCUAUUCGAGACCGAUUGAGAGGGAAAGGAUUACCAACAGGAAGAAGCUCUACUUCUGAUGUACUAGACAUACACAAGUCUCCAUUCUCUCAUCAGACCUUUCUUAACAAAGGGCUUAGUAAAUCUAUGGGAUUCCUGUCCAUCAGAGACACACAAGAUGAGGAAGAUUAUUUCAAGGACAUUUCAUCAGAUAAUAAUUCUGGACACGAAGAUUCUGAAAAUGCCUGCUCCCCUUACCAGUUCAAAACUAGUGGCCUAGAAAAAAAAACUUUCCCUGGUAUUGAUGUGCCUCCCAAGAAGAAGAUUUGGGCUUCAUCCAUGGACUUGCUUUGCACAGCUGACAGAGACUUCUCUGGGGAAACUGGUGGAUUCCAGCAAUAUCUCCCUGAGGCAGUAACAGUGCGGACUUCAACUACUCCUAGAAAAAAGGAAGCAAGAUACUCAGAUGGAAGCAUAGCCUUGGAUGUCUUUGGCCCUCAGAAAGUGGAUCCAGCAUUUCACAUGCGAGAUUUGCCCACUUCCUCAGCAAUAUCAAGUGCUUUGGACCGAAUUCGAGAAAGACAAAAGAAACUUCAGGUUCUGAGAGAAGCCAUGAAUGUAGAAGAACCAAUUCGAAGAUAUAAAACUUACCACAGUGAUAUCUUUAGUACCUCCAGUGAAAGUCCAUCUAUCGUUUCCUCUGAAUCAGAUUUCCGACAAGUACGAAAAAGUGAAGCUUCCAAGAGGUUUGAAUCUAACAGUGGUCUCCCAGGGGUAGGUGAAAACCCAAGUCAAGGCCAGUCACAGAGACCAAGUAGACAAUAUGAAACACCCCUUGAAGGCAAUGUAGUUAAUCAAGAGAUUAUGCUAAAACGGCAAGAAGAAGAAAUGAUGCAGCUACAAGCCAGAAUGGCCCUUAGACAGUCUCGGCUGAGCUUGUAUCCGGGAGACACAAUCAAAGCCUCUAUGCUUGACAUCAGCAGGGAUCCCUUAAGAGAAAUGGCCCUUGAAACAGCCAUGACCCAAAGAAAACUGAGGAAUUUCUUUGGCCCUGAGUUUGUGAAGAUGACGAUUGAGCCAUUUAUAUCUUUGGAUUUGCCACGGUCUAUCCUUGCCAAGAAAGGGAAGAAUGAAGAUAACCGAAGAAAAGUAAACAUAAUGCUUCUGAGUGGGCAGAGACUGGAACUGACUUGUGAUACCAAAACUAUAUGUAAAGAUGUGUUUGAUAUGAUUGUGGCCCACAUUGGCUUAGUGGAACAUCAUUUGUUUGCUUUAGCUACCCUCAAAGAUAAUGAAUAUUUCUUUGUUGAUCCUGAUUUAAAAUUAACCAAAGUGGCCCCAGAGGGAUGGAAAGAAGAACCAAAGAAAAAGAGCAAAGCCGCUGUUAAUUUUACUUUGUUUUUCCGAAUUAAAUUUUUCAUGGAUGAUGUUAGUCUAAUACAACAUACCCUGACCUGUCAUCAGUAUUAUCUUCAGCUGCGAAAGGAUAUCUUGGAGGAGAGGAUGCAUUGUGAUGAUGAGACUUCUUUAUUACUGGCAUCCUUGGCUCUCCAGGCUGAAUAUGGAGAUUAUCAACCAGAGGUUCAUGGUGUGUCUUAUUUUAGACUGGAGCAUUAUUUGCCUCCCAGAGUGAUGGAGAAACUUGAUUUAUCCUAUGUUAAAGAAGAGUUACCAAAAUUGCAUAAUACCUACGUGGGAGCUUCUGAAAAAGAGACAGAGUUAGAAUUUUUAAAGGUCUGCCAAAGACUGACAGAAUAUGGAGUUCAUUUUCAUCGAGUGCACCCUGAGAAAAAGUCACAAACUGGAAUAUUGCUUGGAGUCUGUUCUAAAGGUGUCCUUGUGUUUGAGGUUCACAAUGGAGUUCGCACACUGGUCCUUCGCUUUCCAUGGAGGGAAACCAAGAAGAUUUCUUUUUCCAAAAAGAAAAUCACAUUGCAAAACACAUCAGAUGGCAUAAAACAUGCCUUCCAGACAGACAGCAGUAAGGUGUGCCAGUACCUGCUGCAGCUCUGCUCUUCCCAGCAUAAGUUCCAGCUGCAGAUGCGAGCGAGACAGAGCAACCAGGACGCCCAGGAUAUUGAGAGAGCUUCGUUUAGGAGCCUGAAUCUCCAAGCAGAGUCCGUUAGAGGAUUUAAUAUGGGACGAGCAAUCAGCACUGGCAGUCUGGCCAGCAGCACCCUGAACAAACUUGCCGUUCGACCUCUGUCAGUUCAAGCUGAGAUUCUGAAGAGGCUCUCCUGCUCAGAGCUGUCGCUUUACCAGCCAUUGCAAAACAGUGCAAAAGAGAAGAGUGACAAAGCUUCAUGGGAGGAAAAGCCUAGAGGGAUGAGUAAAUCAUACCACGAUCUCAGUCAGGCCUCUCUCUACCCUCAUCGGAAAAAUGUCAUUGUUAACAUGGAAUCCCCACCACAAAGCAUUGCGGAGUUGGUAGGAAAACCAUUACACCAGAUGGCAAGAUCUGAUACAGAAUCUUUGGCAGGAUUCACAAAACUUAAUAAUUCAAAGUCUGUUGCAAGUUUAAAUAGAAGUCCUGAAAGGAGGAAACAGGAAUCAGACUCCUCAUCCUUUGAAGACCCUGGUCAAGCAUAUGUUAUAGGUCAGCAUAAACAAGCUUACCUUCUUUCUCCCAUACCUCAUGCUCAUGGAAUGACUUUGCAUAGUUCUGGAAAUUCUUCAUCCCAAGUACCCUUAAAAGAAAAUGAUGUGCUACACAAAAGAUGGAGCAUAGUAUCUUCACCAGAAAGGGAGAUCACCUUGGUGAACCUGAAAAAAGAUGCAAAGUAUGGCUUAGGAUUUCAAAUUAUUGGUGGGGAGAAGAUGGGAAGACUGGAUCUAGGUGUAUUUAUUAGUUCAAUCACCCCUGGAGGACCAGCUGACUUGGAUGGAUGCUUAAAGCCAGGAGACCGUUUGAUAUCUGUGAAUAGUGUUAGUCUCGAGGGGGUCAGCCACCAUGCUGCAAUUGAAAUUUUGCAAAAUGCACCUGAAGACGUGACACUUGUUAUCUCUCAGCCAAAAGAGAAGAUACCCAAAGGGCCUUCUACUCCUGUGCACAUUGCCAAUGGCAUGAAAAACUACAUGAAGAAACCUUCCUUCCUUCAAGACAGUGCUAUAGAUUCUUCCGUAGAUCACUGCUGGCCACAUGGUACCGCAAGGCACAUCUCAGAGAGCUCCUUUGGGCUGUCUGGGGGCCUGCGGGAAGGAAGCCUGAGUUCUCAGGAUUCCAGGACUGAAAGCGCCAGCUUGUCCCAGAGCCAGGUCAAUGGUUUCUUUGCCAGCCCUGUAGGUGACCGAACCUGGCGGGAAUCACAGCACGGCAGCCCUUCCCCUUCCGUGAUAUCCAAGACCACUGAGAAGAAGAGGACUUCUACUGACAGUAAUCGAAGCAAAACUAAAAAAACAGGCAUUUCUGAUGCAACAGAUUACUCUGACCGUGGAGAUUCAGACAUGGAUGAAGCUACUUAUUCCAGCAGUCAGGAUCAUCAUACACCAAAAAAGGAAUCUUCCUCCUCAAUGAAUACAUCCAACAAAAUGAAUUUUAAAACUUUUCCUUCAUCACCUCCUAAACCUGGAGAUAUCUUUGAGGUUGAACUGGCUAAAAAUGAUAACAGCUUGGGGAUAAGUGUCACGGGAGGUGUGAAUACCAGUGUCCGACAUGGUGGCAUUUAUGUGAAAGCCGUUAUUCCCAAGGGAGCAGCUGAGUCCGAUGGUAGAAUUCACAAAGAAUAUUUAAUUUUUUUAUAUCUUUUUUUUUUCUCUCCAGAGAAUACGUUUGAGGUAAAAUUGUUUAAAAAUAGCUCAGGUCUAGGAUUCAGUUUUUCUCGAGAAGACAGUCUGAUUCCUGAACAAAUGAAUGCCAGCAUCGUAAGGGUUAAAAAGCUCUUUCCUGGACAGCCAGCAGCAGAAAGUGGAAAAAUUGAUGUGGGAGAUGUUAUCUUGAAAGUGAAUGGAGCCUCCUUGAAAGGACUAUCUCAGCAGGAAGUCAUAUCUGCUCUCAGGGGAACAUCUCCAGAAGUAUCCUUGCUGCUUUGUAGACCUUCACCUGGUAUGCUACCGGAAAUUGACCCUGCUCUUUUGACCCCACUGCACUCUCCAGCACAAGUACUUCCAAACAACACCAAAGACUCCUCUCAACCAGCAUGUGUGGAGCAAGGCACCAGCUCAGAUGAAAAUGAAAUGUAUGACAAAAGCAAGAAACAAUGCACAUCCCCAUCCAGGAGAGACAGUUACAGUGACAGUAGUGGGAGUGGAGAAGACUUGGUGAAAGCUCCAGCAAAGAUACCAAAGAGGAGCUGGAGUUCAUCUUUGCAUCAGACUCUAAACAAUAUGGGAUCACAGGCACAAAGUCAACAUGAAACAUCUAAGAGUAAAGAAGAUGCCAUUUGUACCAUGUUUUACUAUCCUCAGAAAAUACCCAGUAAAGCAGAACUUGAGGACAGCAAUCCUCCUUCCCCUCUACCACCGGAUAUGACUCUUGGAGAAUCUGCUUCCACUAAUUCAAUGGAUAAAUAUCAUACAUAUCACAUUUCUGAACCAACUAGACAAGAAAGCUUGACAUCUUUGAAAAAUGACUUGGAAAACCACCUUGAAGACUUUGAGCUGGAAGUAGAACUCCUCAUUACCCUAAUUAAAUCAGAAAAAGGAAGCCUGGGUUUUACAGUAACCAAAGGCAGUCAGAGUAUUGGUUGUUAUGUUCAUGAUGUCAUUCAGGAUCCAGCCAAAAGUGAUGGAAGGCUAAGACCUGGGGACCGGCUCAUAAAGGUUAAUGAUACAGAUGUUACAAACAUGACUCACACAGAUGCAGUGAAUCUGCUCCGAGCUGCACCCAAGACAGUCAGAUUAGUUCUAGGACGAAUUCUAGAAUUACCCAGGAUGCCAGUGCUGCCUCAUUUGCUACCUGACAUUACAUUAACAUGCCACAAGGAGGAGUUGGGUUUUUCCUUAUCUGGAGGUCAUGACAGCCUUCAUCAAGUGGUAUAUAUUAGUGAUAUCAAUCCAAGGUCAGAUGCAGCCAUUGAGGGUAAUCUCCAGCUAUUAGACAUCAUCCACUAUGUGAACGGAGUCAGCACUCAAGGAAUGACCUUGGAAGAAGCUAAGAGAGCAUUAGACAUGUCACUUCCUUCGGUGGUGCUGAAAGCAACAAGUCCAAAGAUGACGUGGUCAUCAGGUAAAAUGGUGAUGCACUAUCCAGAACAGUCUUCUGACAAUCCUCCCAAUGACCAUGGUCAUCACCCUGUGGAGCCUUGCCACAAGCCUGCCCUCACUCCUAGUAAUUCAUUCUCCAAGGUUAAUGGGGAAGAAAUAAUUGAAGUUUUGUACCCUGAAGGAAAAUGUUCUACUUAUCAGAUGAAGGGAUCAGCAAACUUGAUUCUCUCCAAAGAAUCUCAUGUACAAGAAGAUGAUAUCUAUGAUGAUCCUCAAGAAGCUGAAGUUAUUCAGUCUCUGCUGGAUGUUGUGGAUGAGGAAGCCCAGAAUCUUUUAAACCAAAAUAAUGCAGCAGGAGAUGCCUGUAUUUCAGGUUCAUUGAAAACCAAUGGGCAGUUAUCUGAAGGGAGAGCAGAAGAUACAGACUGUGAUGGUUCACCAUUACCUGAAGAUUUUACAGAGUCUGUCAAAAUGAAUGGCUGUGAAGAAUAUUGUGAAGAAAAAGUAAAAAGUGAAAGCUUGAUUCAAAAGUCACAAGAAAGGAAGCCUGAUGAUGAUGAUGAGAUAACAUGGGGAAGUGAUGAAUUGCCAAUAGAAACAACAAACCAUGAAGAUUCUGAUAAAGAUCAUCCCUUUCUGACAAAUGAGGAGCUUGCUGCACUCCCCAUCAUCAAAGUGCUUCCCUCUGGUAAAUACGCUGGCACCAAGUUGAAAUCAGUCAUUCGAACAUUGCGAGGUUUAUUAGAUCAAGGAAUUCCUUCUAAGGAGCUGGAGAAUCUUCAAGAAUUAAAACCUUUGGAUCAGUGUCUAAUUGGACAAACUAAGGAAAACAGAAGAAAGAACCGAUAUAAAAAUAUACUUCCCUAUGAUGCUACAAGAGUGCCUCUUGGAGAUCAAGGUGGCUAUAUCAACGCCAGCUUCAUUAAGAUACCUGUGGGAAAAGAAGAGUUCAUUUACAUUGCCUGCCAAGGACCUCUCCCUACAACUGUUGGAGAUUUCUGGCAGAUGAUUUGGGAACAAAAAUCCACAGUGAUAGCCAUGAUGACCCAAGAAGUGGAAGGGGAAAAAAUCAAAUGCCAGCGCUAUUGGCCUAAUGUCCUAGGCCAAACGACAAUGGUCAGUGACAGGCUUCGGCUGGCUCUCGUGAGAAUGCAGCAGCUGAAGGGCUUUGUAGUAAGGGCAAUGGCCCUAGAAGAGAUUCAGACAGGAGAGAUACGACAUAUUUCUCAUCUGAAUUUCACUGCCUGGCCAGACCACGAUACACCUUCUCAGCCAGACGACUUGCUCACUUUUAUCUCCUACAUGAGACACAUUCAUAGAUCCGGCCCCAUCAUCACCCACUGCAGCGCUGGCAUUGGACGUUCAGGGACCCUGAUAUGUAUAGAUGUGGUCUUAGGAUUAAUCAGCCAAGAUCUUGAAUUUGACAUCUCUGACUUAGUACGCUGCAUGAGACUACAAAGACAUGGAAUGGUUCAGACAGAGGAUCAAUAUAUUUUCUGCUAUAAAGUCAUCCUUUAUGUGCUGACACGUCUUCAGGCUGAGGAAGAGCAAAAAGAAGAGCCACAGCUUCUGAAAUAACAUGAAAAGAACGGCCUCCUGGAUGCUUUUUCAUCUUGCUCCCAACCUCCAGCAGGUGUUCCUGUUCUCUGCUUAAAAUAAAGAUCACAGGGCAGCAGCAAGUCCAUACAAUAUUAUUAUGCUUAUUCUCCUCUACCUUAGAGGGGCAUUCUUCACAACAAUAAAUAAUGUUGAAAUGCUGUAUUUUUACAGCUACUUUAACCUGUGAUAAUAAUUUAAAAAUUUUUAACACUAACUGAACAGUGCAGAUCUUAGGGAUGAUUAAGGCAGCCUUUGAUUAUAGUUGAUGUUACAAUGACAUGCCGAGUCUAUUUUUAAUGUACCAAUCUUGUUUAUAGCAAAAUUCUUUCCCAGUAUUUUAAUAGAGUUAUUUUAUAGGGGAUACUUGAAACCAGUAUUUAAGCUUUAAAUGACAGUAAUAUUGGCAUAGAAAAGAAGUAGUAAAUAUUUACUGUAUCAGUUUCUAAUGUUUACUAUAUAGAAUUUCCUGUAAUAUAUUUAUAUACUUUUUCAUGAAAAUGGAGUUAUCAGAUACAUUUGUAACUGCAUUAUGUUUGUUAUGCAUCAUCUCACUUUGUAAAUAAAAAUACAUCUUAAAAAUAUGAA